AUGGGUGAUUGCAGUGUGGAGAGUGGCGUAGUGGAGUUUUACAAAAACUCCACCAUACUGAUAACCGGCGGAACGGGCUUCAUAGGGAAGGUGUUGCUGGAGAAGCUGCUGCGGUGCUUCGAGGUGCGCAAGGUGUACCUAUUGAUUCGGGAAAAGCGCAGCACAGCGGUCGGCGAUCGGUUGAAGGAGAUGCUGAAUGAUGUGAUAUUCGGCAAGAUCAGAGCGACCACGGGCUCGGACAGCAUCCUGGCCAAGGUAGUACCUAUUGAAGUCGAUUUUCAGUCCGAUGCCGUUAUCUCAGCUGAACACCAACGGCUCUUGGCAGCAGAAGUGCAGAUCGUAUUUAACGUGAUGGCAUCCGUAAAGUUCAACGAAGACAUCGAAACAGCGAUCAAUACGAAUGUCCUGUCGUCGCGUAAACUGUUCCAGCUGACAAGCCGAUUCCCGGGCGUCCGCUCGAUCGUGCACGUCUCGACGUUCUACUCCAACUGCCACCGGCCACACAUCGAAGAGCACAUCUACGAGGACCUACCGUUCGGGGGGUAUGAGAACAUUCUGAACAUCUUCCGCUUUCUGAGUGCCGAAGAAAAGGUGCACCUAAAGCAGCUCAUCCUGGGACCGAUGCCAAACAGCUAUACCUUCAGCAAGCGGUGCGCCGAGGUGAUGAUUCGCCACCAGUUUGCUCAUCUGCCGAUCGCCAUCUUCCGUCCACCGAUCGUAUCGAGCGCGUAUCGGGAACCAUCGCCCGGUUGGGUGGACAAUUUCAAUGGAGCCGCCGGUAUGGUUGUGCCCGCAUGUCGUGGUCUACUGUACUGGAUACGAGGUAAGGAGGACGUUUCUUUGGAUGUCAUACCGGUGGAUUACUGUGUCAAUGCGCUACUAGCCGUUGGUUGGGACAAUGCGCGAAGCAACCGAAAAAGAAUGGAAGAUGCAGAGCAUCCUGUUCGCGUCUAUAACUAUAUUUCCCAGGGAAAUCCACUCUACAAUCGUGACGUCGGAAGUCUCGUUGUAGCUGGAUUGCAGACUACAGUUGCCCGGAUAUUUGGUCGAUAUGCAUCACCGAUCACAUCAUCCGUCUUCAUCAGGCAGCUGAUCAUCUACUGGCUACUGCUGCAAGCGUCAAUUGCAGACCUCUUUGGCAUGCUGGCCGGAAAGAGCAAGAAUAUCGUAUCAUUCAGGAAUUACGUCUUCUUGAAGCGUGUGAUCGGGUUAGACGAAGCGACCAGCUACUUCCGAUGUCGAUCCUGGACUGCAGCGAACGACAACAUCCUCACCGUUUGGAACGCGCUCUCCAUAAACGAGAAGCGACUGCUACCGUUCGAUAUGGAGACGCUAGACUGGAGAGAAUACUUUCGGUCCUUCGCGCCCGGAGUAUCGGCUGCCAUACACCGGUGCGAGCUGAAGCAUCAACUUGAGCGUAAAUCGGCGCGAGGAUCAUAA